GCUCAGUCGUAGGUGGGACUUCGAGUGGCCACGUUGCACGAGUUACGAGCCACCUACGUGUAAUCAACAAGACUAACUUUUUCCUUCGUAGCUGUUUUUACAAGUACUGAUGUCAUAAGAGAAGAAGAACGCUGGAACUGUAGAUAUAAAAAUGAAACUGAUAGCCGCAGCACUCGCCACUCUCCUCCUUGCUGUACCACUGACAGCCAAGACAUUCCAAAGCAUUACUGGCUUUCAAGGCUUAAAUUCUCUUGCAAGUACACCCUUUCCAAACUUCACUGAUAAGGUCUUCAAUCAUGGAAAACCAAACGUUUCGGGAAAUGAAACAUAUAACUUGUUGAAGGGUUUAGACAUUAAAUUUCUGAAAGACGUCGUUCAGAACAACUUGCUACAGAAUCUGGCGACGAACACUGACUGGAACGUUGGUUCAGUGAUGCUGUCUGUUCUGCAAAACGCCCUCUCUGACACCAAGCGAGUUAAAAGUUUAGUUACCGAUGGACUGGGCUUACACGAAGACUUCGCAAAACCUCUGAUGAAACUCCACUUGGAACUCGAUAAGCUUAAAUCUUCGUCAGUAGCAAAGGGCCCUGAGGAAGAGGACACGGUACAGGGUAACACUGGAGAAAACGUUCACAGUCACUAUGACCUGAGCGAUAAGAAAGAUGAAGAUACAGAUAUGAACUGGCAAAUACUAAACGCCAUGAAAAAUGUCUUUGCUGGGGAGUUUGCUAAUCUUAGUUCCAUUCCAUUGCCCAGUGACCUACAGCUGAACUUUGGCAGUUCCAAUGACCACAAUUUAACAGCAGCCAGCGCAUGGAUGAUUGUCAGAUCUACUUGGCAAAGAAUUCUAGCCUACGUCAAAGAGGAGCAUUCCAUUCAACGCUUCAUGCAGAUAACUCCAAUCAAGAUCAUCGACAGAAUCCUGAGUAUUGGAGACGACAUCAGCCUUGCUGGGUUCCUAGCACAGAAACUUCACCCAGAUUUCGCUCUGUUUUUGUCUGAAGGCAUCAGUCCUCAUCUUGGACCUUUCAAGGACUUCAAUAGCUUUUAUGAUCAUGCAAAAGAAUAUGGCUUGGAUGGUAUCAUUGAUUACUUAACCUCACCAAAGUUAGCCAGUAACAUGAACGCCCUCUCGAAAUUCAUUUCCGCGUACUUUGACGAUACGUUUUCUGACGACGUUGUUGAUCAGUAUAUUACUUUCAUUUCCCUCAAUAACACAGAGCUGUACAAUUUUUACAAGUCUAUCGUUAACCAUCAAAAGGCAAAACAUCCCGUCGAUACUAAAACUGGCAGGCAAAAGAGAGAAGAUAUCAACAAGGCCAUAAAUAGUUUUAAAUAUGACGGUUAUGACUUUGAACUUAAGAAAUAUAAGUCAGGUUCAGACAGCAUUGCUGAGAGAGACAGUGGAUAUGGAGGCAGUGGACAUGGUGAUGGAUAUGGCGGUGGCGGUGGUGGCGGCCACAGUGGAGGUUAUGGAGGUGGCCAUAGUGGAGGAUAUGGUGGAGGCCACAGCGGAGACUAUGGUGGAGGAGGAGGAGGAUAUGGAGGAGGGUAUGGUAGCCACAGUUCAACGACUACAGAUCCCGCUGUCUUGCUGAGUUCCGUCGCGCUCGGCGCCCUUCUGGGUUUCCUCCUGUUUCGACUCAUCAACGGGUCCAGAUACUUCGGUAAGAGAGACAUCAACGAUGGGUCGCUGUCUCUCCUGCUCUCAGAUCAGCCAGAGGCCCAAGUGCCUUGGGGCACAAACGCCGAAAGGAUGAAGAGGGACGUCUCGCACAAUGGCAGCCACACCGAAGAGGACAUGUUUGAGAUCCCUGCAUACACGAGAGGGGAAGUGUGGUCGACCGAUCCUUUCUUGGGAAGUGACACGGAGGGAUUGGAUGGCGAUGAUAUGGCUGACCAUCUCAACCAUCUGUGGAUGGUCUACAAUGAAACCAAGGAGGCCGGAUGCGUCCAGUCGCAUCUCUGUGAUGUGGUUGCCAAAGGGACGGCAGAGUACCUUACUGGCAAAGAAUCUAGCAUAGCUAUUUUGUUAGCGUCUGUGAGCAACAUGAUGGGUGUCGAGAAAGCUGGACAGAUGGUGGAUGAUGUCAUACAAACGCUGGUUGUUGGCAGUAACUAUGCCUGCCCCGUUCAGUCCCACUGUAUACAAGCUUUCUAGCUGCCAACACUCCUUAGGGUUUGGACUCUGGCUGACGCAAUAGCUGCCAAGGCUUCUUGUGGGUUUGGAAACUGGCUGACACAAUCUGACUGUGACUUUUCCUUGUUAGCACGUUUUUGACAGUGCAAUGUCUUACUUGAUUUCUUUAAAGAGUAACCAAAUACUCUAUAAAGACUUACUCAUCUUCUCCGACGACACUUGACAAAGACGAGGAACUUCCGCCAUGAUGAAAUAUGACUGCAAAGUUGCAAAAGACCUUCAGAAGGGAAGAAAUCUAACGUGGAGGAGCUGUUUCACAGGCAGAUCCCUUUUACUACGACUACUAAUACUACUACUACUACUACUACUACUACUAGUGUCAGCUGAUGUCCUCUGGAUAUCAUACUUGGAAACUUCGACGAUAUUUUUUCCUCUGCAUCUCGAUUAUUUAUUUAUUCAUUGACGAAUUGGUGAUAUAAUAAAGAGCCAUUUACUUAGCCAUGUACUUUUUAUGAUCUGUUGCAAUGUGUUAAUUAAUUCCUUAGGAACAAAUGUUUUCUUGAUUUCUUCGUGAAGGCUAUCAAACUAGAAAAUAUAGUUAGUAAUAUAGAGCUAUAGAGUACAUACCCACUCUUAAGCCUG